AUGGCGUCUCCAGUCCCCGAUACAUUCCUUACAGAGGUGAGUGCAGUGCUUUUCGAACAAGCUGAAAGAGAUCGAGCCAACAGUCAAUCUUUCAAGGAAAACAUGGCUGCCUACCAUCUGGGCCAUCACCCAGGUGCUCCUCUCCCGCCUGAGCUCCAGGACGCCCAGCACGUCACGCCCAUUGCUCCCCCGGAAGACCUCAAUCCUGCAAACGAGAUCGCACCUCAAGCUCACCGUGCCUAUCAUCAGAGUCACCACCCAGGUGCUCCUCUCCCGCCCGAGCUCCAGAACGCCCAACACGUCACGUCCAUUGCUCCCCCCGAGAACACCAAUGCAAACAAGGUCGCAUUUCAAGCUCACCGUGCCUCUGUCGCUCCCCGCCCUCCCGCCAUCAUGGGGCCUUCGACCUUCAAUGCGCCAUUCCUCACGGAUGAACGUAUGGCCGCCUUCCAUUUGGGCCACUUCCCCGGUCAGCCCCUCCCAAUCGAGCUCCAGCAGCACAAGAACAUCGAUCCCAUCAAACCAACCGACGCUCUUUCGAACCUCCAAUCUGCAGACGCGACCGCUCAAAUUCAAGGUGUUCCUGCGGCUCCCCAGCCCGCAACCGUGACUCAGACCGUGACUGCGAUCGACCCUCAGGAUGACACUUGCUACGAGGGAGGUGAGGAUGACGACUGCCCGAUCCUGGGGUAUUACCCCGACGGCAAUCCUCGUUUCAUCACCGAUGAUGAAAUCGAGUUGUUCAGACAUAGCGAAAUCUGGAAUUUGCUCCGCGCGCGUGAGGCCCAGGAAAGUGAAUAUGAACCCGACGCAGAGCACGAGGCUAUCGACGAUCAAGCCCAGCAGGAGCUUGUUCUUUCUACCGAAGAUCUGUUGGCCAUGAGCAAGACCACGGAUGAUCAAGCCGAGCAGGAGCCCAUCUCUGCUGAACAGUCCCCUACUAUGAGCGAGGUCACGGACGACCAAGCCGAACAAGAGCCUCUGUCUACUGCUGAACAGUCCCCGGCUAUGAGCAAGAAGCGAACCUACUCUAGCCGUGAUGAAGACGGAUAUCAACCUUUUGACUCUGAGGACGAUGAGAAGUACAGAAAGGUUGCGAAAACGUCCCGACAGUCUCAGGCAACUCGCGCGCAUUUCGCAUUUUACGGUGAGGACCCCCUUGAAGCUAGAAAGCGAAAGCGACAGAAGACCAUCAACGCCGAACGGAUGGAGAAGCAGCGGUUCCAAUUCGAAUUCGAAUCUGACUAUGUUCCAGACCAGCCUGUUGAUCCUGACUGUGGAGAACUUGAUUAUGGGGAGGGCGAAUCGUCAACCUCCAAGGAAAAGCCUUGGGAGAAGAACCGAAGGGUCAAGUCUUACGCCAAUGAUUGA